CACACACCGGCUUAUUGCCUCAGCAUUCAGCAACAGGCACUCCAAAUCAGCUGCCAUCCCGGCCGGCGCCGGAUCGCCGCACACAUUUCUUCCCGUCCCCUGAGACCCUGAGAGCGACAGGAGAAGCCGCUACCUACAGGAGGAGAGAGCUGAGCCUGAGCGCCUUCACUGCUCAGAAAUGGGCCGGCCGCCGCGCCUCCUCUGCUGCCUCUUCCUGGCCCUCUCCCUGGCCGCGGCGGCGCGCGCCGCCACGCGCCACCACGAGUGGGAGAUCAGCUACCAGUUCAAGCACUCGGACUGCGUGCGCAAGCUCGCCGUCACCAUCAACGGGCAGACCCCCGGGCCGACCAUCCGCGCCGUGCAGGGCGACACCGUGGUGGUCCGGGUCAAGAACUCGCUGCUGACGGAGAACGUGGCCAUCCACUGGCACGGCAUCCGGCAGAUCGGCACGCCCUGGGCCGACGGCACCGAGGGCGUCACGCAGUGCCCCGUCCUCCCCGGCGACGUCUUCACCUACGCCUUCGUCGUCGACCGCCCGGGCACCUACAUGUACCACGCGCACUACGGGAUGCAGCGCUCGGCGGGGCUCAACGGGCUCAUCGUCGUCGCGGCGGCGCCCGGCGGGCCCGACGCCGAGCCGUUCGCGUACGACGGCGAGCACGAGGUGCUGCUCAACGACUGGUGGCACAAGAGCACCUACGAGCAGGCGGCGGGGCUGGCGUCGGCGCCCAUCGUCUGGGUCGGGGAGCCGCAGUCGCUGCUCAUCAACGGCCGCGGCAGGUUCGCCAACUGCUCCGCCAUGGCCGCCGGGGCCUGCAACGCCGCCCACCCGGAGUGCGCCCCGCAGGUGUUCGCCGUCGUGCCGGGCAAGACCUACAGGUUCCGCAUCGCCAGCGUCACGUCCCUGUCGGCGCUCAACUUCGAGAUCGAGGGCCACCAAAUGACGGUGGUGGAGGCCGACGGGCACUACGUGAAGCCGUUCGUGGUGAAGAACCUCAACAUCUACUCCGGCGAGACCUACUCGGUGCUCAUCAAGGCCGACCAGGACCCCAACCGCAAUUACUGGCUUGCCUCCAACGUCGUCAGCCGCAAGCCCGGCACGGCCACCGGCACCGCCGUCCUCAGCUACUACGGCGGGCGCAGCAGCCCUCGCCGCCCCCCACCGACCGCCCCUCCCACGGGCCCCGCCUGGAACGACACCAUGUACCGGUUCCGGCAGAGCGUGGCGACGGUGGCGCACCCGGCGCACGUCGAGCCCCCGCCGCCGCGCGCCGACCGCACCAUCCUCCUCCUCAACACCCAGAAUAGGAUCGACGGGCGCACCAAGUGGGCGAUCAACAACGUCUCCUUCACCCUGCCGCACACGCCGUACCUGGUGGCCAUGAAGAGCGGCCUCCUGGGCGCAUUCGACCAGCGGCCGCCGCCGGAGACGUACGAGCACCGGGGCUACGACGUCUACGCCGUGCAGGAGAACCCGAACGCGACGACCAGCGACGGGCUGUACCGGCUGCGGUUCGGGUCCGUCGUCGACGUGGUGCUGCAGAACGCCAACAUGCUGGCGGCCAACAACAGCGAGACGCACCCGUGGCACCUGCACGGGCACGACUUCUGGGUGCUCGGCUACGGCAUCGGCCGCUUCGACCCAGCGGUGCACCCGUCGACGUACAACCUCAGGGACCCCAUCCUCAAGAACACGGUGGCCGUGCACCCCUACGGCUGGACGGCGCUGCGGUUCAAGUCCGACAACCCCGGCGUGUGGGCGUUCCACUGCCACAUCGAGGCCCAUUUCUUCAUGGGGAUGGGCAUCGUCUUUGAGAAAGGCGUCGAGCGGGUCGCCGAGCUCCCACGGGACAUCAUGGGGUGCGGGAAGACAAAGGGUGGCCACUGAUUGACGAGUCACUCAUUAACUGAAUAGCCAGCUGCACGGGUUAAAUUUCUUGCACUGAUCGAUCGAUAAUUCGAUGUACCACCAUUCAUUUUCUUCUUUUGUUUCUAAUUAUUAAAUCGAUCAUCAAAUGAAAUCCAUGAUUGUUGUGGGUAAUUAUUAGAUUUGUAAUGUGCAUUAUUUACAGUCCUGUGAUUUGGAUUUUUUCCUGUAGUAAUAUACUAAAAUGAGUGCCUUUAGCUACGAAAAUAGAUAUUCAUAUGAAAA